GACAGAAAAAGAAGUUUUAGAGAAAGUUGUCUGUCUAGAUUCUGGUGAGUUUAAGGUUUUCUCAAGUAAGGUGGGGGACCAAUUUUAUAUAGUCGAUUAUAAUGAAUUGUGUGAUGAUGAUUGUGGAACUAUGUAUUGUGAUAAAUGUAGAAUCUGCAUUCAUAAAUACAAAUGUACUUGUCCAGAAUACACAGUAAAAACUGCAUUAUGUAAACACAUACAUGCAGUUGCUCUGAUCGAAAAGAGAAGCGAUUCUUUUCCAGGUCCAGGUAUUGCUGAAAAUUAUCCAUCUAUUGAUGAACCAUCAACAAGUGGAGUACAGAAGAGGACAGAAAUCAAAGAAUUCCUAGAUGAGACGAUACAGAACCAAAAUACUGUUCUUACUCUAGAUCCAAGCAAAAAACGAGAGAUUGUAAUGAAGGAGAUUUUUAUGAAAUUGGAAUCAUUAGAUGAUGAAGAUUUUGAUAAUAUCGUGGAGUAAUUUUUAACCCAACUCUAUCAGCUCGGUGCACAACUCUAUCAACUCAGUGACUACGUUUAUCGUUACAUGCUUC